AGUCGUGCCCCCGUUCCUAUGGCCGUGGUCCGACGGGAACUGUCCUGUGAGAGCUAUCCAAUAGAACUUCGCUGCCCGGGAACAGAUGUCAUCAUGAUUGAAAGUGCCAACUAUGGUAGGACCGAUGAUAAAAUCUGUGACUCUGAUCCUGCUCAGAUGGAGAAUAUCCGCUGUUAUCUGCCAGAUGCCUAUAAGAUUAUGACUCAAAGAUGCAGUAAUCGUACACAGUGCGCAGUGGUAGCAGGCCCUGAUGUGUUUCCAGACCCUUGCCCGGGAACGUACAAAUACCUGGAAGUGCAGUAUGAAUGUGUCCCUUACAAAGUGGAACAAAAAGUUUUUCUUUGUCCUGGCCUACUAAAAGGUGUAUACCAGAGUGAACAUUUAUUUGAGUCAGACCAUCAGUCUGGGGCUUGGUGCAAGGAUCCUCUACAGGCUUCUGACAAGAUUUACUACAUGCCCUGGACCCCAUACAGAACUGACACCCUGACGGAGUAUUCUUCCAAGGAUGAUUUCAUAGCUGGGAGACCAACGACCACCUAUAAGCUCCCUCACCGGGUAGAUGGCACUGGAUUUGUAGUGUACGAUGGGGCUUUGUUCUUCAACAAGGAGCGAACCAGGAAUAUAGUCAAGUUUGACUUGAGGACAAGAAUAAAAAGUGGGGAGGCUAUCAUAGCAAAUGCCAAUUACCAUGACACCUCUCCUUACAGGUGGGGAGGCAAGUCCGACAUAGACCUGGCGGUGGAUGAGAACGGGCUCUGGGUAAUCUAUGCAACAGAACAAAACAAUGGCAAAAUUGUCAUUAGCCAGUUAAACCCUUACACCUUAAGGAUCGAAGGGACGUGGGAUACAGCCUAUGACAAAAGGUCGGCUUCCAACGCUUUCAUGAUCUGUGGGAUUUUAUAUGUGGUGAAGUCGGUGUACGAAGAUGACGACAAUGAAGCCACAGGAAAUAAGAUAGACUAUAUUUACAACACUGACCAAAGCAAGGAUAGUCUGGUGGAUGUUCCCUUUCCAAACUCGUACCAGUACAUCGCUGCUGUGGAUUAUAACCCCAGGGACAACCUCCUUUAUGUAUGGAACAACUAUCAUGUGGUGAAAUAUUCUUUGGAUUUUGGACCACUGGACAGCAGAUCAGGGCAGGCACACCACGGGCAGGUUUCCUACAUUGCUCCACCAAUUCAUCUUGAUUCGGACCCGGAGAGACCGCCUUCGAAGGUAUCGACAUCUGGGGCGCAUGGCAUGGGAAGCACCACCACCAGCACCCCUCUUCUCCUCACCGCCACGAGCACCGGGCGCACCACCACCACCUCAGCCGCGGGCAGAAGGAACAGGAGCACGAGCACGCCCUCCCUGGUGGUGGAUGUCCCUGAUGAAAUGACUACACCCCUUCCACCUGCCUCCUCCCAGCUCCCCGCUGUAGGGGCAGAGAGCUGUGAGGCUAUGGAAGCCCGUGAGAUCAUGUGGUUUAGGACCCGGCAAGGACAGAUGGCAAAGCAGCCGUGCCCUAUGGGGACAGUAGGUGUUUCAACUUUCCUGUGUCUUGCUCCUGAUGGGAUCUGGGACCCACAAGGGCCGGACCUCAGCAACUGCUCUUCUCCCUGGGUCAACCACAUCACACAGAAGCUGAAGUCCGGGGAGACAGCUGCCAACAUUGCCAGAGAGCUUGCAGAGCAGACGAAAAAUCACUUGAACGCUGGAGACAUCACAUAUUCAGUCCGAGCCAUGGACCAACUGGUGGGCUUGCUGGAUGUGCAGCUCCGAAACCUGACUCCAGGUGGGAAAGACAGUGCUGCGCGCAGUUUAAACAAGCUUCAGAAAAGGGAGCGCUCUUGCAGGGCCUAUGUCCAGGCUAUGGUCGAGACAGUUAAUAACCUCCUGCAGCCGCAGGCUCUGAACGCAUGGAGAGACCUGACCGCGAGUGACCAGCUGCGUGCAGCCACCAUGUUGCUGGACACAGUGGAGGAAAGUGCCUUUGUGCUGGCCGAUAACCUCCUGAAGUCGGACAUUGUCAGGGAGAACACUGACAAUAUCCAACUGGAAGUUGCAAGGCUAAGCACCGAUGGGAAUUUGGAAGACCUGAAAUUUCCACAGAACUUGGGCCACGGAAGCGCCAUCCAGCUGUCGGCAAAUACAUUGAAACAAAAUGGUCGCAAUGGUGAAAUCAGGGUGGCUUUUGUGCUGUAUAACAACCUGGGUCACUAUCUCUCCACGGAGAACGCCAGCAUGAAGUUGGGAACAGAGGCCAUGUCAACCAAUCACUCCGUCAUAGUCAACUCCCCUGUCAUUACAGCAGCAAUAAACAAAGAGUUCAGCAAUAAGGUUUAUCUAGCUGAUCCUGUGGUGUUUACAGUCAAGCACAUCAAGCAGUCAGAAGAAAUUUUCAACCCUAACUGUUCAUUCUGGAACUAUUCAAAACACACAAUGACAGGGUAUUGGUCGAAACAGGGGUGUCGGCUCCUGACCACAAACAAGACGCACACCACAUGUUCCUGUAAUCACCUCACCAACUUUGCAGUCUUGAUGGCACAUGUGGAAGUCAAGCACAGCGACACAGUCCACGACCUGCUCCUGGAUGUGAUCACGUGGGUCGGCAUUCUGCUGUCACUCGUCUGCCUCCUGAUCUGCAUCUUCACCUUUUGCUUUUUCCGCGGGCUCCAGAGUGACAGGAACACAAUUCACAAGAACUUGUGCAUCAGCCUCUUUGUGGCCGAGCUCCUCUUCCUCAUCGGGAUCAAUCGAACGGAUCAGCCAAUCGCCUGUGCUGUGUUUGCUGCCCUCCUGCACUUCUUUUUCCUGGCGGCAUUCACCUGGAUGUUCCUGGAGGGGGUGCAGCUGUACAUCAUGCUGGUGGAGGUGUUUGAGAGUGAACACUCGCGAAGGAAGUACUUCUAUCUGGUUGGCUACGGAAUGCCCGCGCUCAUCGUGGCCGUGUCAGCGGCGGUCGACUACAGGAGCUAUGGCACAGAUAAAGUAUGUUGGCUCAGACUUGACACCUACUUCAUUUGGAGCUUUAUAGGACCAGCGACCUUGAUAAUUAUGCUUAAUGUAAUCUUCCUGGGGAUUGCUCUCUAUAAAAUGUUCCAUCAUACUGCCAUCCUGAAACCUGAAUCCGGCUGUCUCGACAAUAUCAACUAUGAGGAUAACAGACCCUUCAUCAAGUCAUGGGUUAUAGGUGCAAUAGCCCUACUCUGCCUCUUAGGACUGACCUGGGCCUUUGGACUUAUGUAUAUUAAUGAAAGCACAGUCAUCAUGGCAUAUCUCUUCACCAUUUUCAAUUCUCUGCAGGGAAUGUUUAUAUUCAUUUUCCAUUGUGUCCUCCAGAAAAAGGUACGUAAAGAAUAUGGAAAAUGCCUGCGCACACAUUGCUGUAGUGGGAAAAGUACGGAGAGCUCCAUCGGCUCAGGAAAAACAUCUGGGUCACGGACUCCUGGACGAUAUUCCACAGGCUCACAGAGCCGGAUCCGUAGAAUGUGGAAUGACACAGUUCGAAAGCAGUCCGAGUCUUCCUUUAUUACCGGAGAUAUAAACAGUUCAGCUUCCCUCAACAGAGGAGCCAUGGCUAAUCAUCUUAUAACCAAUGCUCUGCUUCGUCCUCAUGGCACUAACAACCCUUAUAAUACAUUGCUCGGGGAAUCGGCGGUCUAUAACAACCCUUCUGUCAGCAUGUACAACACACAAGAGGGGCUUCUGAACAAUGCCAGGGAUACAAGUGUCAUGGAUACUCUACCACUGAAUGGUAACCACGGCAACAGCUACAGCAUCGCCAGUGGCGAGUACCUGAGCAACUGUGUGCAAAUCAUUGACCGUGGGUAUAAUAACCACACCGAGACUGCCCUAGAGAAAAAGAUCCUGAAGGAACUCACCUCCAACUACAUCCCUUCCUAUCUGAACAACCACGAGCGCUCCAGCGAACAGAACAGGAACCUGGUGAACAAACUCGUCAACGACAUUGGCAGUGCGACCGAGGACGACGCCAUCGUCCUCGACGACGCCACCUCCUUCAACCACGAGGAGAGCCUGGGCCUGGAACUCAUCCACGAAGAGUCCGACGCCCCCUUGCUGCCGCCGAGGGUUUAUUCCGCCGAGAACCACCAGCCGCACCACUACACCAGGAGACGGAUCCCGCAAGACAACAGCGAGAGCUUUUUCCCCUUGCUAACCAACGAGCACACAGAAGACCACCAGUCGCCCAACAGGGAUUCUCUGUAUACCAGCAUGCCCGUGCUGGCUGGCAUGCCCGUCACAGAAAGCGUUACCACCAGCACCCAGACCGACCCCCCCACGGCCAAAAGUGGUGAUGCCGACGAUGUGUACUACAAAAGCAUGCCAAAUCUAGGCUCCAGGAACCACGUCCAUCAGCUACACACUUACUACCAGCUGGGGCGAGGCAGCAGUGAUGGUUUUAUAGUCCCACCGAGCAAAGACGGGACUUCCCCCGAAGGGAGUUCCAAAGGACCUGCUCACUUGGUCACUAGUCUAUAG